AUCUCAUACUUGUGUGUUAGGUAUUGUGUUUCCCAAUGAGCUGAUGGAUGAAAAACAAUUUUGUGGACACAAGAAAGAGUUGGCAAUUUGUCCAACACAUUGUGGCGAGAAAAGGCUCCACAAGUGUCUACGCCAUUGAAUUUCUGCUGUGUGGUGAUCAAAGGAAUGGGCGGAGUGGGGAAUCAUCUUUGGCAGUCAAAUGUGUAUUUCAAUGGAAACAUUUGUGUAGUGAUGGAGUGCUGUACUUCAAUGCAGAAUCAUGGGCAUCGCUGACAAUCUCAGUCAUACACAAUCUCACAGUUUUGUCUCUAAGUUCACCUUCUGUUUUACAUACUCAAAGUCAAUUUGAUGACCCAAACAGCAAUUAUAAUCCAUUAUGUGUGAACAAUGCAGUGCUGCUUAACCACAUUUCCAAGCUUUCUAAGAUGUUGCUGGUCUAUGAUGGUGGAGAUGAUCUCUCUUUUCUGCCUAAAAUUCUUCCUCCAUCAACUGCUCGUGUCCAUGUAUUGAUCACAACUCGAUGUACUGAUUGUUCUGUGUUGCAGAAAGCAACAAAUCAUGUCAUCUCUCUUGGUUGUUUGGAAGCUGAAGAUGCUGUGGCAGCUGUAGCCAUGGUGUCUGGUCGUCAACCGUCAAACAGUCAAGAAACAGCAGCAGUCACCAAAUUGUCAGUUGAACCUUCCAUAGAAAAGCUACCAAUUGCUCUUGUUCAUGCAGGCACCAUAUGAAGGCACGUGUAAGCUAUGAGGAAUAUUACAAACUGUUGAAAACAAAUGAAGCUGAACUUGAGGCUUUGGCAUUGGACCUUGACAAACUGUUGCAUUACUUUAGAGCAAGUCGUCUACGCGAAGUGCUUAUGGAAGCUGAUAUAACUCAGCUUGCUGAUUUGAAACGGUUGAGUGACGUGAAUAUUGAUGAGUUGAAUUUAAUUGAAAGUGACAAAAACGUCAUUGGAAAUGUGAGAAAUUUUAUGAUGUCGUCUAGUCAUGCUCAUCUGACAUGGCAGGUGGACAUUGAGUUGGUUGCAAGAGACAAUCCCAAAGCGUUCUCUCUUCUGGAAUAUGCAUCAUUUCUGUCUUCAAGGGACAUUCCAGAGAAGCUAGUUCGUCCUCUUGUGUUUAUUGAAUGUGCCAAGUGUGAAUACAAUUUGUGUGUCUGAACUUUGUCUUCACAUAAUUUAGUCGAAUGGCACGAGACAGCAGAAGGUUACACUUUGAAUAUUCAUCCAUUGGUGCAGUCAACAGUGAUGGAAUGUGUCAAGCAGCAGCCAGAUGAGAUGGAACAUAAACUAACUGAUGUUUGCAAAAAUAUGCUGUCUCAUCCACAGGACAGUGAAAUGGACUUGAUUUGUCUUUCAACUGAUGUACUAGUUCAACUUGCUUCUCACUUGUAGUCAUUGGCUAAGCAUGUUUUGCUAGCUGGUGUAGAAAUACGAACUUGCUUGGAUUUGGUUAGGUAUACUUGUGCUGCUUCUUUAGAGUUUCAGCCUCAUGAUAUGUUUUGCUAUUUGUGUGAAAAAUGGUACCACAAAGUAGUGCAGUUGCACACAGUUUGCCACAUGAGGUCAAAUGCAGUUGGGUCAUAGAAGCAAGUAAUCUUUCGAGGAGGGCAUAUGUCAGAAGUUGAAAAUAAAGGAAUCAUUAGAUUUGAAUCUGAAAAGCAAGAAGAUGAUUGAUGAGUUAAAACCAGAUGAGAAGAAUGAAAUAUAUCAGCUUCAUAAACAUGUCAUGAGGCUCAAGUGUCAGUGGGAGAUUGCAAGACCUAAUGGAUCAACAGACAAGCUUACUGAAGCAUUGGAAAUAGCAAAAACGACUUUGCCUAUUGCUCAGUCUUUGCUAUCAUCAGAAAAUUGCUUAUAUGCUCAUGUCAAUCGGUACAGUAUUAUUGAUUGUGGGUGACAUCGCUGAUGCUUUAAAGCGUUUUGAGCAGUAUAGACACGAACAGAAGCAGUUACCACCUUGUCGUGAAGCUGGUCUAUGUUAUGCAUUGUAUGGAACUUGUCAUUUGGUGAUGCUAGAAAGAGAGACAAUAUUUGACAAGUUUCAACGAAUCUAUCAAGCACGAGAAGCAUUUACUAACUCUCUCGGCAUACUGUUACUUUAUGCGAAUUGUAAUAAACAAAUAUCGGACGUGUUGGAGGACCUUUCUACUACAUAUGCCAUGAGAGUUGCUGAAGACACUACAUAUGAGAAGGCCACUAUGAUAAAACUAAUAGCAAGGAAAGCAUAUACUUGCGUGCAUUAUGUCAGAGCUAAAGACUUGGUCUACAUGCAUAUGAAAGCUGAAGCUGCUACAAUGGUUUCACAGCCAGCAAAAUUAAGAGCUAUUGCACUGCAUGACAUUGGUUUGUGUCAAAUACGUCUCUCACAGUUGGCUGAAGCUGAAGAUACGUUUACUAAAUCACUGAGAAUUGUUCAAUCUUUAAGACCAGAAGAGCAUCAAGGUUUACAGAUUUCAUCUAGUAAGACAUGCCAGCCAGUCAAUCUAUGUGAUGUCAUGUUGGUAUCAAUUGUUUUUGUAAAUUUAGUAAAAAAAUCUGCUUGGACUAAAUAGUUUGGAUGCUGAAGUACUUUAGAACGUUAGAUUAAGGUACAGACUUAGUAUAACAAUACAGUCACAAGAUUCACAAUAUGUAUUUUACAGUAAG